AUGAAUAAACUAAUGUAUUGUUUUUUCAGAAGGACUUUUCUGGCAGUUGUUGAAAAUGUUUGUUUAAUAUCAGAGUUUAAAACGAAAUGUCAUCUGACUCUUUCAAUAGCUCUGGUUCAUCUCUGUCUCUUUUUGUUCCUUUUGGGUAACACAAACAAGUCAAUGAAUAUAACAAAUUAUUCUGUGAUGUCUGAAUUUGUGUUCCUGGAACUUUCUAACUCUAGGCCAAUGCAGCAUUUUAUUCUUUCCUGCUCUGCCGUUUUAUAUAUAUCAAUUGUGUUUAGGAAUCUCCUUGUGUUUACAGUGAUAUUUGACCUUCAUUUACAUUCCUCUAGGUACUUCCUGUUAGCCAGUCUCUUAUUUAUUGAUUUGUGUCUUUCUACAUUAGCAGUCCCUAAGAUGAUCUCUGACCUCUACUCUGGGCAAAACACUGUAUCAUUCCAGGGGUGUGUCAUCCAGAUUUUUGUACUUCAUGUCCUGGGUGGAUCUGAGAUGGUGUUGCUCAUAGCCAUGAUUUUUGAUCUGUGUGUGGCCAGCUAUAAGCCCCUCUACUAGCUGAACAUCAAGAGUCCGUGGAUGUGCAUUUGGCUUCUGGUUGGUGCUUGGGUUAUUGGUCUCAUUCACACAGUGCCGCAGCUAGCUUUUGUUGCCCAUUGGCAUUUUUGUGGCCCUAAUUAGGUAGACAGCUUUUACUGCAAUCUGCCUCAGUUUAUCAAACUUGCCUGCACAGAUACCUACAAACUGGAGUUCACGGUUACUGCCAACAGUGGGUUCAUUUCCAUGGGAACCUUCUUAUUGAUUUUCUCCUACAUCUCCAUCCUGGUCACUAUAUGGAAAUGCUUUUCAGGUGGCUUGUCCAAAGCCCUCUCUACUUUGUCAGCUUACGUCACUGUGGUGGUUUUGUUCUUUGGACCAUGUAUAUUUAUAUAUGUGUGGCCAUUUCUCACAGUGUCAGUGGAUAAAUUUCUUGCCGGUUCGGACUUUUUGAUUACUCCUGUCUUGAAUUCUGUCAUCUACACAUUGAGGAAAAAGGACAUGAAGAUGGUAAUGAGGAGACUGAGUAAUCAAUUUCUGAGUUUGAGAAAGAUCUAA